AUGCAUCAGAACAGUCUAGGACCGGCGACGUCUGGAAUAGGUGGUAAUCUCAAUACUGCGUAUCCACCUUCACAAAACGAUUGUAUUCUUCUGCAACACGCUCAACCGGGACGAGAAGAGAGAGAAAUCAAAAAAAUAUUCGCUAUCGAAGACGGAGUAUAUCAAACAGUCAAGCACGCAGAAAUAUCCCGUCCCAAACCUCUUUCACACUACCAAGUUCCACCAGGACUUGUGGCGGCGGCUAAUCAGAUGGCAGGCGCAAGUUCGACCGUUCGUGUCAGUUUCCUUGAUUUUUCAUCUCGAGAUGUUAUCCAACCUGACGUAGCCGUGGAAUGCUCCUCCUCUUAUGACCCGAAUAAACAAGAUGAAAACGGGUCUCCUAUGAUGCGUAGCCAAAAUGAGGAAAACGAGAAGUCUAUUAUUUGCUUCAAUGUCGGCAAGGAACUCUAUAUGUAUGCGUACAGGGGUACGCGGACCAAGACGGAUCUGACUCGACCAAUCGACAAAAGAGUUUACAAAGGGACUGCCCCAUCUUGCCACAUUUUUAAUCAAGAAAAAUCAUCAGCAUCAACAAGCCAGUUACUCAUAGGAUUUACACUUGGCCAACUACAGAUCAUCGAUCCCCUAGACAAAAUAUCUGCUACACCUUCCAGUAAACUAUAUAACGAAGAUCGGUACAUUGAGAAAACGGCAGUAACAUGUCUUCGCUUCCUUCCUGGCGAACCGAAUAUUUUCCUGUCGUCUCAUGUAUCAGGAAACCUGUACGUUUACGAUGAGAGAAUUUCCGCUAUCUCAAGCUCAGGGAAUGGUAGUUCGCAGUCACCACCGUGGCAUGUUCAGACGCAGGUAUUGUCGAUAGACCUGAUCGGAUAUAGAAUGUUUUUUCCUGUUCAGGGAUAUGGUUACACUACUUACUCCUGGAAAACGAAACAUCCACGAAACCCCACCACAAGGUGGCAGAUUGGUAGUGGAACGAUUCACCAGUUCAAUUUUUCUGGACCCGACACGAAAAUGUUGGCAACUGUUUCUCACGAUGGAUUUCUUCGAAUUUUCAAUUAUGAGACACAAGAAUUGAUGUCCUGUAUGAAAUCUUAUUUUGGUGGCCUACUAACUCUUGCAUGGAGUCCAGAUGCAAAAUUGAUUGCAACUGGAGGCGAGGACGAUCUUUUGACCGUAUAUGAUGUUGCUGAGAAGAAAGUUGUCUGUCGUGGUCAGGCACAUAAAAGCUGGAUCAGUCAAGUUCAAUUUGAUCCUUACGUUGUGCGCAGAUCGAAGAAAGACCCAGAAAGCAAUGGUAGAUCCUCUAUGACAGCUUUAGAUGAUGUCUCCAGAGAAAUGGAUACUCGUUGUAUGCCAUCAACGAGUACUGAUCCAAACUUUGGGUACACAAAACCAACAUCGACGAUGUCGCGAAACUCACUGGCUUCUGCCAGCGUGACACAACGAGCUGAUGAAAUCGUCUAUCGAAUCGGAAGUGUGGGACACGAUACAUUCCUAUGUUUGUGGGACAUCACAAACGAAAUUCUCAACAAAGGUAAUCAUCGUCGUCAUCGAAAUUCGACAAUUAUUGCAACAAAUGCCGCCUUAGAUAUCGAUCACUUGUCCGGAAAGCUCGAGGAUCUACCUGAGCUGUCACCUGGUGUCGGAGAACCAAGCACAAACUCUGAGCAACCACUACUCGACGCGAAUCGACCAGCCCCACCACAAGAAAAGCCCCCAAAGAAGAAGCGUUUCAACAGAAAAGCUUUUGGACUUUCGAAGUUCACCUCUUCUGGAAACGCAAGUACAAGUACCAGUGCUGUAGGAAGUAGAGCUAAUCCAACAAAUGCCAACGCAUCCAGUGUUGACAUAGUCGCACGUUUGGGCUCUCCUUCUUGUCCUGGAAUUAGAGACGUACCCAUCAUAGAACCACUUACAUGCAAGAAAGUUUCUCAUGAUCGUUUGACAGUGCUUGAGUUCAGAAAGGACUGUGUUGUUACUGCGUGCCAAGAAGGCUUCAUUUGCACUUGGAGCCGGCCAUCUGACCGAGACGACGUGAAACAAGAUAAUCUCAGUUCAACAGCGGCUGCGACGCCAGAAUCAGAACAGAAACCUUCUGUUUCGGCCACCGCAUCGUUUGGUUAUGGAUCAGAAAUAUCGAACGGUGUUACUGGAUCUCGUUCGUCUAGUAACUUCAGUACCCAUGAGCUACAACAACUCCGCUCGCCGAAUGCCACAUCUCCUUCAUAUCGAGUGGGCGCCAGUACUUCUGCUUAUCACCGUCCCAUGUAUGCAUGGCAAAACGCCAACUAA